AUGGCCGGAAACAAAACACAGACCGCAUCGCAGGGCGCAUCUCCUCAAAGGCAGGCCGAGCCUGCCGCACCAGUGCCGGAGCCCCUCUCACCGCAGUUCAGGCCCAUCCACUCAACCACGCCUAUCCCGCCGCCAACCAUCCCCACCUUCCACCGCCAAACAUUCACCCACAAGCAGCAUCCCCCACAGGUCGAGGCCAUCCCACAGCCGCCACCGCCUGAGCCCGUGGACUUCAGCGAAAAUGUCGACGUGAUCGCCCUGGAGUCGGCCAUCCUGCUCCUCCAGAGGCAGAAGCAGCAGGCCGAGGAGGACAUCCGCCAGCUGCAGCGCAUCAAGCAAGAGGCCGUCAAGAAGCCGGCCGAAUUCGUGCAGGACUUGGCCAGUGGGAAGGUUGGCCAAGGGCCUCAGGGGGCGGCGCCCAUCAGCAGUGGCGCAAAUGAGGACGAGGACGACAGCGAAGACGAUGAUGAGGAUGAGGACGAGGAUGAUGACGACGAGGGCAGCGAUGCUGAAAUGGCGGGCCAGGAUGGCGGGCAGGCAUCCAGCAGCGGCCUCGGGCCCUCACCAAUGAAAGCAUCAGGCAAGGGCAAGGCCGCCGCAGCACCACAGCCCCAGCAACGACCGCAGCCAUCGUGGACAAACCUGCCGACACCGCAGGACGUGGUGCGCAUGCCCGCCAUAAACUGGUCCAAGUACGCCGUCGUGGGCGAGUCGCUCGACAAGCUGCACAGUGAGCAGCUCACGCGGCCUACCCUGGGUAUGCCGGCCACGGUGGGAGCAGACGGGAAGGCGUACGAGUUCAAGGGGGAGCCGAACCCGGACGACGGCAAGAAGUCUGUUGGGAUCGCUGCGCCGUACGACCCUUUACAUGACAAGAUCAAGAAGCCUCGCAAAUGA